AUGGUGCAAGUUCCUUUGUUCCGCCUCCAGUGCGGUGUCAAUUCUUACGAAUGGGGCAAGAUCGGUUCAGAUUCAGCGGCAGCCAAGUAUGCCGCUGCUACUCCUUCUGAUGGCUUUAGCAUACAAUCAGACAAGCCCUACGCCGAACUAUGGAUGGGCACCCAUCCUUCCAACCCUUCCAAGGACCUCGAGACUGGCCGAACACUUAUUGACAUGAUUGAUGUCAACUCCGGAUUGAUUUCUCCCUCUGUCAAGGCCAAGUACGGAGCCAAGCUGCCAUUCCUGUUCAAGGUUCUCUCCAUCAACAAGGCAUUGUCCAUUCAAGCCCAUCCAAACAAGAAGGUGGCCGAGCAGCUCCACGCCAAGGACCCCAAGAACUACCCUGAUGACAACCACAAACCCGAAAUGACCAUCGCCGUCACUGAUUUCGAGGGCCUCUGUGGCUUCCGUCCUCUGGGUGAGAUUGCACACUUCUUGUCAGCGGUCCCUGCCUUGAGGGAGCUAGUUGGAGAGGAUGCAGCCAAAUCUUUCAUAGCAACUGUUCGUGGCCAAGAGACAGACGAUUCGUCAGAGUCGACCACUCAAAACAAGCGGGCACUUCAAUCAACGUUCGGCGCUCUCAUGAAGUCAUCCUCAGAUGAUGUUGCAUCUGCCGCAAACAAACUGGUCGCUGAUGCCGAAGCCAAGGGUGCCGAGUUCGCCGAUGGUGGUGUCGAGGCUACAAGCGGCACAACACUCUCUGAGCUCGUCACUCGUUUGAACAAGCAGUUUCCUGGCGACAUCGGUCUCUUCGUCUUGUUCUUCCUCAACUACGUCACGAUGAAGCCUGGUGAGGCCAUGUUCCUCAAGGCAGAUGACAUCCAUGCCUAUGUUUCUGGCGAUAUCAUCGAGUGCAUGGCCGCAAGCGACAACGUCAUCCGCGCCGGUUUCACCCCCAAGUUCAAGGAUGUUCAGACCCUGGUCGACCUGUUAACCUAUGACUAUGCACCCAUUGAGGAGCAAAAGAUGGAACCCAAGGACUAUCCUUACGCAGUGCUCAACCGCACAGCUUACAGUUCCAGCUCACAAACUACUCUUUACGACCCUCCUAUCGAUGAGUUCAGCGUCGUGCGAACUGUCCUCCAUGGCGGUGGCUCCAAAGCUACUUUCGACCCCAUUGACGGUCCGAGCAUUGUUAUUUGUACCAACGGAAAAGGCAAGAUCUCUGUCGGUCCUACAGUCAAGGAGAUCAAGGAGGGGUGGGUUUAUUUCGUUGGUGCUACUGCCGAACUGGUGUUGGAGUCUGAGGGUGGUGAAGAUGAUGAGUUUAUCACUUUCAAAGCCUUCUGCGAAGUAGAGGAUCACAGCAACGGCGAGAAGCUAUAG